AGGGUGAGCGUUGUAACUUUGUUAUUCUUUUUGUAUUUUUCAGUUAUGGCACAGAAAAUGGAUACAGAGGAUUUUGAGGUUAUCGCUCUGAAAUACCUGGAGCAAGGACGCAUAUACACACCAGCCAGGGAAUUUAUUAAUAAGAUUAGUUUGAGAUUCCCUGGCGUUCAAGAUACUGAAAAACGUCAGAAACUGAUAUUGGAUAUGGUUAAUCUGGUGAAGACCAGAUUAGCAACAUAUAGAAACAAGAAAACCUGGAGAGCUUGGUUACAGGAAGCAGCAAUCCAGUUGGACUCAGCUCAAAUAGCCCACAGGGAUUGGAUCUCCAGCAAUAUCUGGAUUCUCAAGGAUAAGCCAGUAAGGAAGCCAGAUCCUCCAAGUCCAAGGGAGGAUGAUAUUUCGGAUGAUAUCUUGGCAUUGUCGGCUGGAGAGGAAGAAGUGGCGGCUCUUCUAGAGUCCCCUUCUAGUUCACCGAAGGUACCGAUGGAAGUGUCGAUUCUUCUAGAGUCCCCUUCUAAGGUGUCCGUGGAAGUUCCAGAUAUUGUUGUGAGCAGUCCUAGAAGAUCACCAAGGAAGGCCACAAAAAAGAGUCUUAUUCAUGAACCUUCUAGGAAUACAGGAACUCCAAAACCCAUGGUUAGAGCUGAAUCUUCAGGGAGACGGGAGAAACGGGCUUCUAGUCCGUCUUCCAGGCAUGCUUCACAUCAAGAGCGUAAGAAGGCGAAACUUCCUGUGGCUUCUAGUUCAGAAGUUCAUUCGCAACCCGCACAACCUACCAGAUUGUCUGUUACUUUCGGACGAACGGGUGGAGAUCGUAGUGUCGCUAUGGGGAGGGGUAUGACCAUAGAUUACCCCAAACCACUUCAUCCUGAAAGGCGUGCGGCUCCUCCACCUGCUUCAAGCUGGAAGAAGCAGAGGACAGAAGAUACAUUGCUCAAAGUCAGGAAAGCGAUGGAAGAGAAAAGAUCUACAGGGAAAAGGCGGUCUAACAAAAGGAUGAACGUUAAAUGCUGGGUGCCAAACUGUUUGGAACCGGCCCAGUAUAUGAAGGUUCAUGCCUUCAAGCAUCAUGUCCCUGGGAUUUUCGAUGAAAGGCUACAACCUGACAAUGAGUGGGUAUUGCGGGGAAGAAGGAACGCUCUGAUCCAAGCAGCCAGGUGGCUUUUGGUAAAACCAGCAGCAUCCCUUGAUGAGUUGAUGUCAUUUGUUAGGAUUCAGAAACUGUUACUAUCAACAGGGGAUACAGUGGUGUCAUCAACUCAGACGGAAGCUAUGCAGGCUUUCUGUGGGUUUCUUAAAUCCGAAGUUCCGAAGGAAUUUAUUUUGGAGCCCAUCAACUCACCAGGUGCUCUAAUCCAUUGGAAGGUACUUCAGUUAAUCGCAGCAAGUUUAGAUGCUGAAGAAAGGGAGUACUGGAAGUCUAGCUUUCCUAUUCCAGAGGGCAUGGUGAUUGAUGAGCCUGAAGAGGAACCCGCUGAAAUAUUACCAGAAGCCUAUGACAGUCAUUUCCACCUGGACAGGACUUUGCGAGAACUGAGUCUUCCUUCAUCAGGUACAUUAGAAGAUAUUCUUGCAAAGGUUCCUGUUGAUCAUGACAAAAGGAUCAAGUUGGUAGGAGAAGUUGCCGUCUUCUGUGAUCCAAGGACGUAUCCUUCUGAGCGGAGCCUUCUAGGCCUGCCAGGGGAUAUGAAAGUUGCUGUCGGUUUCCAUCCAAGACAUGCUAAGCAAGGACAUCGGGAAAGACAAGAGGGUCUUGAACGUCUGUUCAACCUCCUACAGCUCCCAAAAGUGACAGUUCUUGGAGAAAUUGGACUGGAUCAUACAGAGCCAAUGAAGUAUUGGCACUAUCAGGUGGAAUUGAUUGAAGCGAUACUGCCCAAGUUGGAAGAACGACAUGUACUGGUUAUUCAUUGUCGUGGAAUAGAGGGUGACUGUGGUACAGAAGCAUAUUUACUUCUUCUACAUGUUCUAAAGAAGUACGUUAGAUCACGUCACCCUAUACAUCUACAUUGUUUCACAGGUGACCAGUCUGUGCUUAAGAAAUGGUUGGAGACAUUUCCAAGGACGUACUUUGGCUUCACUAGUCUGGUGGAUUCCUUUAAUCGUGACCAGAUAGCAGCGCUCCGAGAAAUUGAAGAGUCUCGCCUGCUUCUUGAGUCCGAUGCACCAUAUUUUCCCGGUAGGGGAUCCAGAGUAUCGUCGCCUGGACAACUGUAUAGAGCAGCGAAUGCAGUGGCUCACCGUCUUCAAACAUCGCCUGAAAGGAUUCUGGAGAUCACAGUCGCAAAUGCCCUGUGUCUCUAUGAAGGGCAGUAUCAGUAAAAACCAGCAGGAAACUGGUGGAACUUCUAGUUCACCAGUCUAAAGUUGAUAAUUCAUCCAAGUAAAGUGCUGGUUGGAUUCCUAGUUUUUCAGUAAAAGCGUCAUUGUUAUAUUCAGUUGAAACUUCUAGUUCAUCUGAGAAAUGAUCCAGAUUGCUCCAGGUAUACCACAACAGAAAUAACCUCAAUACAGAUCAAGACUCCAGUGUUCUUUGAUCCGAGUAUCAAGGAGAUCUUCUCCGAUACAUCCAGGCUGGUGGUUGUGAAAAAUGAAGUUCCAGGUGGCUUCUAGCCUUUGAGAAUCUUUACAGCAACGCCAGUGUACCAAAAGGACUUCUAGUCCUUCCUCUACAGCCUACUUAUUUAGGGUAAGUUAAAGCCGCGAUGUGAUAUUAAUUCACAAUUAAGGAAGUAAACGAGCUUCUAGUUCUUUACUGAUGCAUUCACAGCAUUACUCCCAAGACCGAAGCCUUCAUUCAUAAAGUUGGGGGGAGUGUUGUGAAUGCAGGAAAUGAUUUAGUGGUCCUAGACCUACCGGACUGCAUGCGCAUGCGCGACGGUUUUCGCGGGACUGAAAAAGUACCCGGAUAGUUCUAGGAUUGAGUGA